AUGUUUGAGAAGAGCGCGCUAUCAACGUUGAACGGUGAUGCUGCGGCCUGCGGCACUAGCGGCGAGGGGCGAGGGGGCGCGCAGGCUCCCUGCAGCGCAAUACCAUAUAUGGUAACGAAAACUCACAAUGCCUCCGAUUGGUCGAGAGGUCUCCGCCGUUGCGGGCUCGCGGGUCGGGGCGCCCCGAUAACCAGCCUCACUUAUAUACUCCGCGAACCUCGAACGCCAACAUUCCACGAAGUGUGCUCGAGUAGUGGUGUUGUGCAGCAGAACCGAGGCUGUGCAAUAGCGAUUUAA